UUACAAAAGUAACGCUAAAAGUGGUGGUGAUCUUCUCGACGCUACUAGUAGUACUCUACAGUUGCGCAGCUCCUCCGAUCACAAGUUAUCAGAAACCCUAAAUCAAGCAAUUGCAAAAGCGAAGCUUUGAACUCCUCUCGAUUGCGGUUUUGUCGAUCUAAAAUAACAUCGAGAAAUCAUGGCGGACGUGAUGUCAAUGGACGACAUAAGAGCUGAAGCUGCUCGUUUAAACAUCGAUUUGUCGGCAGUUGAUUGGAACUCUGUUCGGCUCCCUCCCGGUGAAGACUUUGGUAUCAAAAGCGACGAUGAUGAUCUUAACGAGGAAGAUUCAUUGGAAUUUGAUGCUGGAUUUGGGAAUAUUAUUGUUGUUGAUAACUUGCCAGUUGUACCUCGUGAGAAAUUUGAAAAGCUUGAAGGUGUAGUUCGUAAAAUUUACAGCCAAAUUGGGGUAAUCAAGGAGAAUGGGCUCUGGAUGCCUGUAGAAGAAGACACUGGAAAAACUCGAGGUUAUUGCUUCAUUGAGUACAACACUCCUCAAGAAGCUGAGCUUGCUAAGGAGAAGACCAAUGGAUACAAACUAGAUAGAGCACAUAUUUUUGCUGUCAAUAUGUUUGAUGAAAUUGAAAAGUUCAUGAAAGUUCCAGACGAGUGGGCCCCUCCUGAAAUCAAGCCAUACACACCAGGGGAGAAUCUGCAACAUUGGCUUACUGAUGAGAAAGGUAGAGAUCAGUUUGUUAUUCGUGCUGGAUCUGACACAGAGGUGUUGUGGAAUGAUGCAAGACAAGUGAAAGCUGAUCCUGUUUACAAACGCCCUUUUUGGACUGAAAGUUUUGUGCAGUGGUCUCCAUUGGGUACCUACUUAGCCACAGUCCACAGGCAGGGUGCUGCUGUGUGGGGUGGUGCCACCACAUUCAACCGCCUAAUGCGUUAUGCUCAUCCACAGGUUAAACUCAUUGAUUUCUCACCUGGUGAGAAAUAUUUGGUCACAUAUAGCAGUCAUGAGCCAAGCAACCCCCGUGAUACACAUAGGGUAGUGCUGAACAUAUUUGAUGUGAGAACUGGAAAAGUAAUGAGGGAUUUUAAAGGAAGUGCUGAUGAAUUUGCAAUUGGUGGAACUGGAGGUUUUACUGGAGUCUCAUGGCCUGUUUUCAGAUGGGGUGGAGGCAAAGAGGACAAGUACUUUGCUAGAAUGGGCAAAAAUGUAAUUUCAGUUUAUGAGACAGAGACCUUCAGUCUAAUUGACAAGAAAUCCAUCAAAGUUGAAAAUGUUAUGGACUUCAGUUGGUCUCCUACUGAUCCUAUUUUUGCACUCUUUGUUCCUGAACUUGGUGGAGGAAAUCAACCUGCAAGAGUGUCACUUUUCCAAAUCCCAACCAAACAAGAACUCCGCCAAAAAAACCUCUUCUCCGUCAACGACUGCAAAAUGUACUGGCAAUCCACCGGCGACUACCUCGCAGUCAAAGUUGACCGCUACACCAAAACCAAAAAAUCCACCUACACAGGAUUCGAGCUCUUCAGAAUCAAAGAACGCGAUAUUCCAAUUGAAGUCUUUGAACUUGACAACAAAAACGAUAAAGUAAUUUCAUUUGCAUGGGAGCCCAAAGGUCACAGAUUUGGUGUCAUACAUGGGGAUAAUCCAAGACCCGAUGUUAGUUUUUAUUCAGUCAAAGGUGGGAAGGUGGUGAAGCUUGUGACACUUAAGCAGAAACAGGCGAAUGGGAUGUUUUGGUCGCCAGGUGGCAGGUUUGUAAUUUUGGCUGGGUUGAAAGGGUUUAAUGGGCAGUUGGAGUUUUAUAAUGUUGAUGAGAUGGAAACUAUGGCGACUGCUGAACAUUUUAUGGCUACUGAUAUUGAAUGGGAUCCUACUGGAAGGUAUGUUGCUACUUCAGUGACUUCAGUUCAUGAGAUGGAAAAUGGGUUCAACAUAUGGUCAUUCAAUGGGAAGCUGCUUUACCGAAUUUUAAAGGAUCAUUUCUUCCAGUUCUUGUGGAGACCAAGGCCACCAUCUUUCUUGAGCCCCGAAAAAGAGGAAGAAAUAUUGAAAAACCUAAAAAAAUACAGCAAAAAAUACGAUGUACAAGAUCAAGACAUCUCAGUGUUAUUAAGUGAACAAGAUCGUGAAAAGAGAAAACAAUUGAAGGAAGAAUGGGAAAAAUGGGUGAAUGAAUGGAAGAAACACCAUGAAGAAGAGAAAAUGGAGAGAGAAAUGUUGAGAGAUGGAGAAGCUAGUGAUGUGGAAGAGGAAUAUGAAGCUAAAGAAGUUGAAGUCGAAGAAUUAUUAGAUGUUUCUGAAGAAAUCCAAGAUGUGUAAGUCUGAAAAUGGGAUUUUUGCUAAGAUGUGUGUGUGUUUUUUCUAGUUUCGUGGAAAUAAACUUUGUUAAAAUUAUACUAAAUUUGCAUAAAAUUAUUGUGGUUAA